UGCUGUCUGAUGUUGACGGAAGAACGGAACAAGCCACACAUUUUAAUCAUGGCGACCGGCAGAGAUAGUGCGGUUAAGCGAAAGUUGUUUAUUUAUGAUGAAAACAGCGACAGUAGUGAUAUUUCGAGUGAAACGGAUGAUAGUGUAAGGGAUAAGGACUAUUUUAAUUCGAGUAGCAGCAGCGAUGACAGCAGUGUUGUCACCUCAGAGGGUGGACGUGCUACUAGAGGAUUCAUCGAAACGCCGGAGAAAAAGAAGGCCGCCAGGAAAAGACAAAUCAACACAGAAUGCAGGAAGAAAGUUAAAGCCCAACAUAGACGAAAUCUCGGACAUGGAUAUACCACUACAAAAGGAAAGACUCAAAUACCUAGAACUUUGGGCCCACCAUGUAGCUGCAAGAAGAAAUGCAGAGAAUUACUACACGGAGUAGAAAUGGCGAUAUUUCAAUCAUUUUGGGACCUACAAACGUUCGAUAAACAAAACGCUUAUUUAUUUGGCACAAUCAAGAGUGUCGGUAAAAAACGAGUCUACCCAAAGAAAACCAAAAGGCAGACAUCCUCAAGAUCUACUACGUUUAGGUACUUUGUAAAAAUCAACGGAAAAGACCAAGAAGUUUGUAAACAAGAGUUUUUAUCUAUCCAUGGUUUCAAAAUUCAAAAAGACGAGUUUAUAAUAUCUGUACCCAGAUAA